AUGUUGGUUCCUCGGCAACAUAUUCUGUAAAUUCUUUCUUUCGCCUACCGCGCGCGUAGAACAAGCUCGGUUUCAAGAGCACUGCAGUCGCUUACGCCUGUCACGCUGUGCCAGACUCUGUAAGGUCACCAGCUCCGCCGAACGAGCCAAAAGCGCGCGCAUAUACACAUACACGGACACAUACAUGGCUUCUUCAUCUGCAUCAGCUUCGGCUGGAGCAACGGGUGCGGCGCUGCAUAGACCAAAGAGGAAGAUUGCAGUGCUGGGUAGUAGGAGCGUGGGUGAGUGUGUCUGGAAAGAUUGUCAUCGUAGGGUCGGGGCGAAACGCGUGGGCGUCCGCCAGAGGGGAGAAAGCGGGAUGGUCUUUGGAGGAUCGAGCGAGGGCAAGAGCCAGCAAACGGAAGAGGAAGACUUUGGAGAAAGAGGUGCAUGCGCAUUGCCAUUCUGUGUGCGCUCCACAUUCGACUGUGCGAUGGAAGCCGAGGCUUCGAUGGUCCAUGUCUUUGUCGAUCAAGGUCCCGCAGCCUGCUGUGUAGGAAGAGUAGGCGCCUGUCAGCGCCUCAGGUGGUCAAGCAUGUGGGUAUGCUUGAAUACGCACAGUAUUGCUGACUGCUCACCUCCAUCCGCAGGCAAAUCCUCGCUGGUGGUGCGUUACGUCGAAGAUGCCUUUGUAGACUCUUACUAUCCCACCAUCGAAAACGUGUUUAACAAGCGGGUCAAGCAUCGCAAUCAAGAAUACGACUUGGACAUUAUAGACACAGCAGGUCAAGACGAGUAUAGCAUCUUAAACUCCAAGCACGCUAUUGGUAUACAUGGCUACGUCUUGGUCUUCUCCAUCGCCAAUAGGAACAGCUUCGAUAUGGUGCAGACUGUGUACGACAAGAUUCUCAAUUAUACAGGGACGGAACACGUGCCUUGCGUCAUUGUUGGGCAGAAGUGCGACUUGCACGUUCAAAGGUGAGCUCCUGGGGCCGGAAUAAGUCGAAGUGUGGGGACAGGACAAAUUGCCCGAGCUUCGAGUAACGUGAGCUCAUUCGUCUCAUUGUGACUUCGUCAUCCUGCAGGCAAGUGACGGAGCAAGAGACGGCGGAAUUAGCAAGUCAGCUGCAUUGCGCGUGGAUAGAAACUAGUGCGAGGCACAACAUCAACAUCUGUGAGUACGCCUUUUCGGCACUUGUCUGGGCGAUGGUCACCAGGUGGUUUACGCAGCGCGACGAAGAAUGGCAAUGGCGGCAAAUCUCACUCAAAAAGUCUUCGUUUUUGCUUUGCGUGCCCCCUCCUACAGCCAAAGUGUUCGAACUGAUGCUCGGUGAGACGGAUGGAAAUACGGAAGCGGGCAAGACGGGGCCGGAGCCUAGCAAGUGCUGCGUCAUGUAA